AUGUUCCUUAAUUCCAGAAUACCCAAGAAAGCUCUCAGUAAUCAUCACAUCAAUUUAAAAUUCUCAAUUUACUCCACCAAAUUUCUUUCCUCCCUUGUUUCUGCUCUACAGGUCCCAUCAAUUUUCCCCAAAAAACCACACAACCAGCAAAAUUUCCCUACUACGUUCGACCCUUAUCAGUACCUCAAUGAAUCAGCGAAAUCACGAGACUAUACACUUGUAGAAACUAAAAUCAUACAUACCCAUUUCCUCAAAACCAACGCCUUCCAUUCGAAUACCGAGUUUUCGAAUUAUUUAUUGCGCUGUUAUUAUAAAGCUUCGGUCUUUGAUCACGCACUCAAGGUGUUCGACGCAAUUCCUCACCCAAACAUUAAUUCUUGGAAUCUCAUCAUCUCGUGUCACAAUGGAAACCUUAGGUAUGCAGAAUCUUGGGGAAGUUUCUGUAGAAUGCAUUCUUUGGGUUUUUACCCAAAUGAAUUUACAUACGGGAGUGCUCUUUCCGGUUGUAUAGCUUCCAAUUUGGUUAAUUGCGGGAAACAACUUUACUCACUCGCAUUAAAAGAUGGUUUCUCUUUGGAUGGUUAUGUUCGGAGUGGGAUGAUAGAUUUAUUCCUAAAGAGUUGCAAUUUCAAUGAUGCUUUAAGGGUUUUUUACGAUGAAUCUUGUGGGAAUGUGGUUUGUUGGAAUGCGAUAAUUUCCGGUGCCAUUAAACACAAUGAAGACCAUCUGGGUUUGAAUCUUUUUCAGCAGAUGUGUCGCGGACUUCCUUCUCCAAAUAAAUUCACAUUUCCUUCUGUUUUCAGUGCUUGCGCUAAAUGUCAACAACUUGACCUCGGCAGAUUAGUUCAUGGGUUGGUUAUCAAAUAUGGUGAUGGAGAAGACGUAUUUGUGUCCACUGCUAUAAUCGACUUCUAUUCCAAAUGUGGCCAAGUAGAUGAAGCUGUGAAGAUAUUUUCACGAAUGUCUGUUCAUAAUGUGGUUUCAUGGACUGCUAUCAUCACAGGUUUUGUUCAAAAAGGUGAGUUUGAAUCAGCCCUUCAGUUAUUUAAAGAAAUGCUAUCUUUAAAGGUAGAAAUAAACAAUUACACUAUCACUAGUGUUCUUUCCGCGUGUGUAAACCCAAUAUUAUUGUUCCAAAUCCAUUGUUGGAUUUGUAAAACCGGCUAUUCCGAUCCAACCGUGAAGAAUUCUUUGAUAAAUUCAUACUCAAGAACAGGAGCAGUAGAAUCAUCCAAACAGAUAUUCAAAGACUCAAAACAUUCAAUGAAUCCAAGUACAUGGGCAGCAAUGAUAACUUGCUUUUCUCAAAAUGGAAGAUUAGAAAAAACAUUUAGUUUAUUGAAAAGAAUGUUUCGAGAAGGUUUAAAACCUGAUAAAUCUUGUAUACCGAGUGUGUUGAGUAUCACGGAUCAAUUACAAUUAGGUGAACAGAUUCAUUGCUAUACGCAUAAAACCGGGAUUUUUAAUAACCCUUUAGUGGGUUGUUCUCUCUUCACCAUGUACUCGAAAUGCGACUGCUUAAAAGAAUCCUACAAGAUUUUCCGGGAAAUUCCCGAGAAAGACGAAGUUUCUUGGGCAUCAAUGAUUGCGGGAUUUACAGAACACGGGUUUGCAUAUAAAGCUAUUGAGUUAUUUCAAGAAAUGCUUGUUAAUCAUAUCAUAUUAGAUGAAAAGACUUUAACACCCGUCCUUGCAGCCUGUGCGUCUCUUCAAUCUUUAAAAUCCGGCAAGGAAAUCCAUGGAUUCUUUUUCCGGCGACUCAUCUUUGCCGGAAGUCCAAUAGUUCAUAUGUACUCGAAAUGUGGCGAUUUAAGAUCAGCUAAAUUGGUGUUCAACAUGAUGCCUUUUAAAGACCCGGUAUCGUGUUCUUCUUUAGUUUCAAGCUAUGCACAAAACGGGCUAAUCGAAGAUGCAUUUCAUCUUUUUCGUGAGCUAAUCGUGUCCGGUUUCGAGGUCGAUUCGUUCACGAUCUCGUCCAUUUUACGAUCCGUAAACGGACCCGAAACCGGGGUCCAGUUACACGGACGGAUCGUAAAACUCGGGCUCGAAUCCGAUACAUCAAUCGGGAGUUCAUUGGUCACGAUGUACUCAAAAUUCGGGAAUCUUGAUGAUUGUUGUAAGUCGUUUGAACAGAUUGAUAACCCGGAUGUGAUCACGUGGACCGCGAUGAUCAACGGGUAUGCUCAAAAUGGAGAUGGGUUAGCCGCAUUAAAAGUGUAUGAACUCAUGGUCGAGUCAGGGAUAAAACCGGACUCAGUGACUUUUGUGGGUGUGUUGAGUGCGUGUAGCCAUGGUGGUUUGGUGGAAGAGGGGUAUUGUUAUUUGGAGUCUAUGGUUAAAGAUUAUGGGAUUGAACCGGGUUUGAGGCAUUAUGCAUGUAUGGUGGAUGUUUUGGGCCGGGCUGGGAGAUUGGAAGAAGCGGUUGGGUUUAUUGGGAAGAUGCCGGUUGAAUCGGAUGGGUUAGUGUGGGGUACAUUGCUUGCUGCAUGUAAAGUGCAUGGGGAUGUUGAGAUUGGGAGAAUGGCGGCUGAGAAGUUUAUUGAGUUGGCGCCGUUGUCAGAUGGAGGGUAUGUGGGGUUAUCCAAUAUUUUGGCUGAAUUGGGGAAUUGGGAAGAAGUUUUAAAGAUUAGAAACGAGAUGAAAGGGACUGGGAUAAAGAAACAGCCAGGAUGGAGUUAUGUAUGA